GUAUUUACAGUGGUAGUGUGCGAAGGCUUGAUACGCUUGGAUAAUAGUCACUGGGAAUUGCCACUUUUCGUCAAGGAAAAUAGUUGAAAUCUUCAGCAUGGAUGAAGGGCUUUAUAAUGAUCGUAUUUUUUGAGGUACAAUAAAUGUCUGAAACUGACAUGGCUGAAGGAAAAUCACCUCAGGGGACACUGCUGUCUGCUGAGGUGGAACCUUUUAUCCCUGGGCAGUCCAACCUGGCCAAGCCAGGAGGCCGGCCCCCGCCCACCAACCCUCAGCCUGGACACGCCCCACAAGCCCAUGGUGUCGGAGCGGGACAGGCCUUCACUGGGCACGCUCAUCCGGGGUCCUUCAAUCCAAAGAUGGCAGGGCCUGCUGCACACCAGAACAUGGGUAACCCCAAUGGGUCUGGUUACACACUGACAGAGCUGCCCCGCUACCUGACUAAUUGCUAUCCAUUUGUACAAGACAGUGUUACUGGUACAGGACCUAAACCUGAGGUACGAUGGCCAAACUACCCUUCACAUCAGCACCCUCCCUCUUCUCUAAACUCUGCCCUUCCCUACCCCUCUCCUUCCAAUGACGUCUACUCCAGCCAGCAAUACCCAGUGCAGGCCCCAAAUUUCAUGACGCAGUCCUACCCACAGUCAUACUACCCGCCCCAACAGAGUCAGGGUGCCAUACCAGGCCCGGUGCCUGUGCACCAGGGGUCAUACCACAUGCCACAGCACUAUGCAGGAUAUUACCCAAACUAUCCAGGGGAAGGGAACCAGUUUCCGAUGGGGUCCUACCAGGGCGCAGGGUAUGGCUCCUACAUGCAGAGAGAAGCACCGCCUAGACAGAGUAGGCAUUCCAGCAGUAGGGAUCGUCAGUAUCCCGGAGCACACUCCUCGUCACGAGACAGGAGCUCAUCGUCUUCAAGUCUUGAAAGCAGGAGAUAUCCCAAGACACUGGUCUGCAUGGAUGCUGGCUGCCAAACAGAUUUUCCUGAUGAAAUAGCCAACAAAACUCUGGCUGAGAAGCCAAGCAUGCUGAGACGGCACAAGUCCAAGCCGCGACGUCGAUCGCAGGGAAAUCAGACAGGCCAGGAAACCUCAACUUCAACCGACUCGGAGACAGAAGCGGGAACUGUUGACAGUGACAGCGGUUACUACAGUCCCAAACACGCCAAGACCAACCACACCUCUGUUGGAAUGGCCACUCACGAUGCUGGAACGGGACCCACCGCCAAGCCGCAGGGAUACCAGCAGUAUAGUGGUGCUGUGGUCAGCGCGGUACCGCGGCAUAUAACUCAGCCGCAGCCUUCAGGGAGCCCGUCGGUGGUCUACAGCACCCAGAACUCUGUACAUGCUGUGAUGCCGCAAAUGAUGCCCCCUGUGACAAACUUUGCCCAGACCCAACACUUGCAUCACGCAGUGCCCCCGAGGUUGCCACAGCAGCAGCAGCAACAUCAGCAGCAGCAGCAGCAGCAUAUACCCCAGCAUCAACAACAACUUGUGCAGCAGCCGCCACCGUUAGGCCAACACCUGCCGCAACCCAUCAGCUAUGCCCGGAUUCUUAGCCAGCCUCCGCUCCCGCGCCAUCCAGUCCCGAUACCAAACCAACCCCUCAAUCAUCCCCACGUGGGACCAGGGCUGAUGCACCAGCAACCGCAAUUUCCCACAGCUAUCGAGAACAUGAGGAAGAAUCACAAUGCUGCUACUCCCGGGAAUCGAACUGGUCAGCCAAGACCGGGGACUAAGUACAUUCCAGCGCAGGAUGGCGCCGACAAUUCCCCGGCCCAGAAUGCCAAACGGAAAAAGAAGAAGGAUCGCAAGAGGGCGGGGAAGGCUCGCGAAGGUGCUGAGGAACCAGGGAAUGAACUGCCAGCACAGCCACCCCCCCCGCCUCCGGCGCUAACAGACAUGGGAGAUUUUCCUGAGCUGCCUCUGGGUGCACCAGCAGGACCAGCCGGAGGGAAUUCCCAGGGCUCACAGCCACGAUCAUACAGUGCAAUCCUCCAACAGCAAAGAUCGGCUCCCGUCAGACAGCAGGUUAGUCCUGAGGAUUCAGAGCCUGUCGAAGCCGUGGAUGCCAACUCUGCUGACAUCAUCAAACCGGAAGACCUCUUGAAUCCGGAAGCAGCAGCCAGCGGGAUCCGAGACGGGAAGAAUGCGCGGAAAAGACGGAAAAAGGCCAUCCUGGCAGCCCAGGCUGCUGCAAAGGAAUAUUCUGAAAUAACUGAGGAGCAGCGUCAGCUGCAGGAGAAUCUGAAGAAACCCAGCAAGAAGACCAAGAUGCCCAUUGAGUAUGACUUGGGAGACAUGCUGGCAGCACUGGAGAAACAACAGCAAGAAACCAAAGCCAAGACACUGCAGCAGGGGAUUGCAGGCAAAGGCCGCCCUGCCGCUGUGCCGUUUGCUGCGACGCCCUCUAAAGCACAGCCCCACAUCGAGGCCAAGCAACCUACUACAGCAGCAGCGACUGCCAUGGUGGCUGCACCCAAGCCGGCUGCACCGACCCACAAGGAGCCUGCCCUGGGUCACAAUCCUUUAGAUGCGUCAGCGCCAGCAAAGAGAGGCAAAGAACGGGAGAAUCCCGUCAAGAAGAAACCCAGCGCUCUCAAGAGAGUCAUCCUGAAGGAGCGAGAGGAGAACAAGAGACUACGCACCUUGCAGGAGACAUGCCUGUCAGAUGCAGAGGAUGGACUAUCUCAAGGUGAUGAUAAGACGAUAGAUGCCAUGAGUGGAGAUGCUGGCCUAGGCUUAUCACAAGACGCUAGCGAGAGAGGCUCCAACAUUUCCCCCUUCAUGACCUCCCAGAGUGACCUUUCACCCCUGAGCCAGAUGUCCCCCAUGAGUAUGAGCCCCCUCUCCCCUGGCUCGCCCCUCAGCUCUGGCCUGUCCAGUCCAGCCACGGGAUUCAAGUCGACUUCCCCAGCCCAGGCCAAUCCAUCCAUUCACAGCCGCAGGUUCAGAGAAUAUUGCAACCAAGUGCUAGACAAAGACAUUGACGCAUGCUGCACCACACUACUACAGGCCUUGGUCAGGUUCCAGGAUAGACAGUACCAUAAAGACCCAACAAAGGCCAAGGCUAAGCGACGUAUCGUGAUGGGACUACGGGAAGUCACCAAGCAUCUCAAACUCAAGAAGAUCAAAUGCAUCAUGGUCUCGCCAAAUCUGGAGAGAAUACAGUCCAAAGGUGGGUUGGAUGAUGCGCUGAAUCGCAUCAUGGCACUCUCCGCUGAGCAGAAUGUACCCGUUGUCUUUGCCCUCGGCCGUAAGGCGCUAGGCCGUGCCGUCAACAAGCUAGUCCCCGUCAGCGUGGUGGGAAUAUUCAACUAUGAUGGAGCGGAGGAGUUUUACAAGAACCUUCUGGACCUAACCAAGAAUGCCCGCGAGAGUUACACCUCCAUGAUCCGCAAGUACCAGCAGGAGCUAGAAGCAGCGGCCACGGCGGUUCCUUUCUCCAAACACCGGCACCACCUUGGCCACUACCGCAACCUGUCUGGCUGCAGCGGUAUAUCCUUCAGCAGUGUCAUCUCGGAGCCUAUAUCUGAGGAUUAUCCGGACCCGGAACCCGAGGUGGACAGCCGGGGGAACGAGAUUGUUAGAGAGGUCCGCUUUGACGACGCAGUCACGACCACGCAGUAUACCGCGGGGGCACCGGUUUCAAUGUUGACGGCCCCAGAGUUUGUGGAGACAGGGGGCGACAACACAACAGGCGGCUAUGAGAGUGACAAAGGUUUCAGCCAGGAAGGAGCUUACAGCGAGGAUUCUGGGACCGUUGAGCAAGGCGCCUCCAAGACGUCCUCGGAGACCCUGGAAGCUGCCGAACUUGAUGACAUCGAAGAUGAUGAUGUCGACAACGAAGAUGCCUCCAAUCUGAGUGAUGAGGAUCAAGAUGAAGAAGACCUGGAUGGGAUCGAUACCGACUUCCACCGACGGAACUCGGAAGAUGAGGACGAGGAUGAGGACGAUGAUGAAGAUGAUGAUAAUGAAAUGGAAGAUGGAGGACUCGCCAUCUUGAAAAGGAAGACAGACCUCCCACUUGACAAAGGACGCAUCGCUGACUGGGUUGCAGAGACCCAGACUACCAUCCAAUCACUGACACUCCACGACAAUGAUGACAAGGAAGAUGCUUCUAAUCCGAUACCAGAGGCGAAGGUCUCAAAACCUUUAAAAAAUUCCCUGUCAGACAGAGACCAAAUGCCCCACUCUGAGCAUUGCCCGCAAUCACUGAACUCUUGCGAGUGCACGAACAAAGACUGCGUACAGUCAGGAAAGUCAGUAUGUAAAUCGAACACAGGUAACAAGAACGUGGAUGGGAAUCCGUCAAGUUCUCUGGACAGCCAACCUAGCGAGAACCACCUAGAUUGUGUCUCGAAAGAUUCUACCUGAGAUGUAACCCCCAAAAAGUAAAAGAAAGUAAACAAUUUUGUUCUACAUCUUAAAAAUGGUGCAACUACCAGUAUGUUACUUGUAUGUAAUACUGAAGUACAUAAAAUCGUGUCAAAGACAUGCUCAAAUUUUUCUUCAGUGCCAAAGAGUCCUUCCAUUUUUUGUAUGCAACAAUGCCAAGCUAGAAAGAGUGGCUAGUGGUUACUUAUUGAGUCAACCCAAAUCUUGAACUUUUAAGGGGCAGCAAGUCCCCUGAUUCGAAGGAUCUUGUGGACCACAGAUCAGAAUUAAACAUGUCCCUAAAAUUGUCUCUUGAGCACUAGACCAAUUGGUGCGUCAAAAUGCUGGAAGGGCCUUCUUAGCAUUGAAUGAACAGAAAUUGAUGUGGUAAAUCCAAAUGAAAAAAAUGACAGAUAUCUAUGCAGAAUAAUGAAAUGAUGUAAACAUGUUAUGUCUGAUAAUCGUUGGCUGUAUGUCUGAUCAGCCUCAACGACUUGUGUAUUUUGUGUAUUUCACCGUCUCGAUCAACCAAAUUUUGACUCACUCUUGAGAAAUGUAUAUAUAUCUAUCAUCAGCAGAUGUUCAAAUAUUUGGAAAACAAUCUUUGCUCACUAUUGGUGAUCACCCUACCCUAGCCAUUGUCAAUGGCUAAUUUAAACUUGCAUCGACCAUGCAUCGACCAUGAUGGUAGGCUACCAAUAAUGCAUUGUGUUGCCCACGUAAAGUGUUUUUGGAAAACAGAUGAGCCAUCUCCAACAUCCUUCCAUAGGGCAGUGGUUUCCAGCACGAUGGCUCGUCCAUACUGCAAAUGCAAAUUAGCAAACGUUUCUUCACACAACAUUCGCAGAGAAAUGUACCAUUCUUGAAAGUGCUCAACUUUUGCAAAUUCAAGCAAGAAUGUUUAGCUGUGGCAUUACAAAUUUGUGUUUGAGCUCACUUUGCCAGUUGACAAGGAAAAAACAUUGAUAUCUUAAAAUUGUAGUUUUUGUCAAGGAGAAUUUAGUGUCCUUGCACAUUACCAAAGACAAGGCAGUACCAAAAAAAAAACCCUUCCUAAAACUCUUUUUAAUCGUAACCACCCACUUCUCAGUUUGUGACGUGUCAUUCAUUGAUGUGUGAUGCAUUUUUUUCAAGAGCUGUGUCAUAAUGAAUUACAUCAUUAAUUGUAAUUUCUGGAAAUUAUUCUGAAAUGUUCUAUGUGACAGAUGUGGGCACUUUUGGCUCAAACCAUCUCAGGAUUACUCUUACAUUUUGUGUCCAUAUAUUUUUCUCUCGUCAUCUCAAUGUUUUUCUUAGAUUUUGAUUGCAGGAUAAAAUAAUAAGAACAGUGCAAAGAACCAAUAGCUACAGACUGUAGUUUAUGGGCAUUGCAUUGAAAUUGCAUUGAAAAUUUCAUUAAAACGUUACUAAACAAGUUUGACACACAAAAAAUGUGAUAAACAUUUGUAAAAACACUCUCGUCUUUCUUGGUAAUCUUAUUGAUACCUUUCUUGUUCAUUGUGUGCUCUUCUUACAUGUACAAUGUAAAAUUUGACAUCUCUUCAACUAUAAUGUUUUUAUUUUGAAGUUGUUUAACCUAUUAUCACCUGUACUUGUAUUACAUUGUAUUACAUUGUAGUACAAUGUGUUUAUUUACUGAAGAAUCAAUAAAACCAUAGAGUGCUCAGUUGGUUUCAGGCACUACAGUGAGUAAUAGGCAGGGCAGUUUCAGGUGCUACAGAGACUAAAAUAAAAAGACUUAAGCAAUAGUAAAUCUGGCUUUUCUUUAAAAUGGGAUUUAUUCCUGUCAUAGAUUCAUUUGUCGAUUUUUGGCACAUGUGCUACUAUUGCAACACCUGAGCUAUGUACAUGUACUUUUAACUUGUACACUUUUUUUUCAUACGUAUGCUAUCAUUACUGUAAUUCAGGCAAUAAAUAGGCGUUUGACAUUUUUAGUUGCAACAAAUUAGAUGUUAAAAUUUAUACUCGACAAGUUACAUGAAUUUCUUAUUAUUCUAUUGUUUGCAAUUGUAAAGCACAGUGCCGUGGUGUUUUUUUUCGUUGUUUUGUUUUUCACGAUUCAAUUUCUUUGCAGUUGUGUGUACUGAAUUUGAGACCAUGUGUAGUUUUUCCUUGGUACACAUCAUUUUCAAUAUUUCUAUUUGAAGUAAGGCAAGUCUUAAGAACUGGUAGUCACUGGUACAAGUUUUAAGCUGAGGACAAAUGGGGCAAACAGGUAUAAACGAAAAUUCUAAAAUUGGUCUAAUUGCAAUAUUUUUCAUCAAGUUUUGUGGGUUUUUUUCUUUUUGUUAGAAUGUUUGUUAUUUGAGAUGGUAACACCUGAAGUUUUAUGAGUUUGCGGUUAGAAAAAUUGUCAAAACAAAUCGUCAAAUGUUCAUUUGUAAAUGGUGUAAGUCUAUUUAUGAUUGCCUAUAUGCCAACUGUAUAGAUAUUUAUAUAUAUUAUCAUAUAAAAUAAUUUGCAUAAACUAAAACUUGGAUGUCUUCAAUGUCAAACUUGUCAUGUAGUAAAAAGAAAAUUGUGUACCCUUCCGUCAGCUGAUAAAAAAAUCCUUGUUUUGAUUUUUAUAUUUUCCAUACAGUGUGUUUCCCUUCAAAUAUGUUUUUUUGAAGGCAUGAGUGUACAUUUUUUGGAUUAAAUUGUGCAAAUGUGUCCUGUAGAAAUGUCAAAAACAAAAACACUCCAAUAGCAAAACAAUUAGAUCUUAUGGCAAAAAAAUAGUUCAUAGAUCUUUGAAGCAACUUUAUUUUUUUUUAUGUGAAUUGCACAUGGAGAUUAAAAUGGACUAGUAAGCCAGUCUAAUAUUCAUGGUGUAUCCAAAAGCAGUCAAAGCUAGCCAUUGGCUCUUGCUGUCACAUGGCCCUGACCCUUUGCCCAAUGAGAAUUGCAUUUUGAUUAUAAAAUAUGCAUGAUUUGGUGCUGGUGACAUUGCUAACAUAAUCUGUCUAAUAUUUGUCACAUUAAAAUAAACUUUGCCCUUGACAUGAAUUAAAAUGUGUAUGCUACUGAACAGAGUAAACUAAUCUUGCAUUUCGAGAGAAUGCAUAAAAUGACAGAAUUCUACCGUUUGUAUAACACAAUGUCUAAUGUUUUUUAAAAGGUGUGUUGGCAUGUGCUUUCUUGAUAAGCACAUCCGUGCUGCAUCACAAAAUAUUUUGGUUGUGAAAUUGCAAAUGAAAUAUUUUUGAGUUCGAGAGAUGUCAUCAGUGCAAUGAAUUUUUUUUUUUAAUUCAAGUGGCACAUUUAAAAAGCGAGUCCAUCACAAGUCCAUGACAACACAAUGAAACGAACCGUGUCAAAGGCAUUUCUUAGUCACUGUUCUCCCUUAUCUGUUGACUGGACUUGUGAUUUGACUUAUGAUUGACUCGAGUAGAACUCUCUCAAGUAGAUUUUGUCAAGAGGGUAGAAAUUGCCAAUCUUUUUUAGGUAAAAAAAAAACGUAUUUAAGAGUAUUGUAGUCUUGUAGUGCAUGAUAAUGUAAAGCAUGUGUAUACGUUGUAUUCAUGGUCAAUUCUUGAUGUAUUAUAAUCAUAUUGGCAAAGAGAAGUAAUUUUAUGAACAUUACAUUUUUUUGAUUAAUCGGACAAACAAAAGUCACUUGUGUUGUCAUUGUUUUUGCAUUGUUUGAAUCCCCAAAAUAGUACAGGCAACCCUAAACAUCCAAUUACGGUUCUAAAUUUCAUCUGGCCAUAAAUUUAAAUAAAUUUACAUAAAAAAUGA